AAGGAACGGAAUAUCAGCUACCAUGAUCGCCAUCACAAUUGCACUAGUGUGCUUGUUGCACUAUGCAGACUGCGGUACACCAGCACCAACAACACCAACAACGACGAUGAAUCCAAUGGAUGUUCAGAUUGGAGACAUCAAACAAACAGUAGAAGGACUGUCCCGUCAGAUGGUGAUGCAGCAACUUGGAGUGGAGGAACGCAUCAGGUCUGAUGGCGACUCCGGCAUCAAGCAGAAAAUUGUUACACACAGAGGAACCCGUCCAUAUCUUAAUGAUAUCGUCUCCUCACCAAAUCUGGCCGGUUUUGGAGACAGCUGGACGCGAGAACGUUAUCUAAGCAUCGGCACUAAUGUCUUUGUAAUGAACGGUGUCGAGUUCAGAUUACGUGCACAGGGAUUCAAACUAGAUAUGCCCAGUAAAACGAGCAAGGAAUGGCAUAAGACUGAAAAAAUUCCCUCCCCUGAGGUACCACACUCCGUACUGGCCAAGCACAAUGUCACCGAACAGAUUGAAGAAAUGAGAGAAUACUUCCGAGCUUUCAAGCACCAAGACACAAAAAUACGAAGUGACUAUGCCCGCUACUUCAAGCCCGUACUUUGCUACUUAGAAGGAGCAUGGUUAGAUGGUGCUGCACAUGACCAGAGAAGAUGGCUUGGGGAGGCAUGGAGUACAGAGUUCUUAGCCGCUGACGGACUAGACACCGGUCACACCUUCAACCCUACUAAGAUCAUAAGAGUUGUAAACGGCACGGCCCUCUACGCACACUGGGGUACUCGUAUCGUAUGUCAUCCAAUCAAACAAGAGCUCAAGCUAGCCUCCUUUUAUGUCAAAGACGACUUGGCAGCACGUCUGUCUGCUAAUCAAAGUCUUUACGAUUAUUCCAAGUCCAAGACUGCACGCUUUGACUUGACUGAGUUUGGUAGACCCUCAAGAACAUUAUAUGCCGACCUUGGGUUUGGUAAAUCGUCAUCCACAUCUACCCACUAUACAACAAUGGAUGCUAUUAUGGAAGAGAUCCCUGGGACUGAUAAUUACCCUGUUCAUAUCACUGGUGGAGCUUUUGGUCUCACAGCCUACAACGCCCACUUUCCCCGAAAUAAUACAGAGCUCAACCUUGGCUAUUACCACCACUGGUACCGAGUGCUACAGAAGGGAGCCAUGGGGACCACAGUUAUCAACCGCGGUUACGCAGACCGAUCUCUCUGGGUGGCGACAACAACUCAGGAUAAAGUGGCUCCGAUGACUUACAAGGAUUGUCAUUACGAUCGGCACACACACAAACAGAACUGUACGGAAUAUGUUGCCAAGUACACGUACGCUCUUCCCUUGGAGAUAUUAUGGAUGACUCCUCUUCUCAGUUGGAAUCCAUAUAACUUGCAACAUUUCUCAGGCGAUACUCAUAAGAGCCCCGCCAACACCAUUCACCCACACGGACAUGAUGGACGCACUCCUGAGAAGGCCUUCCUUGGCACCAAUGAGGAUUACUUCUACAGAACACCAGCCGAAUUCUUUACCAGAGCAAGCGGCCAGCACUAUGUUGCAGACAGAGCAGGCCAUGCUCAUAAGGUUGUCCCAUCUGGAUUUCAGACAAUUCUACGGGAUAUCCCAACAGUUGGAAACAUCAGGCUACGAUAUCCAGUUGUCCCAACACAUCAGGAAGGAAAUGCUAUUUAUAAGGAGCUAGACGCCCUGAAGGAACUUGUCAUGAACAUGGCCGUCAAUACAAAAUAUUUCCAUAACAAACCCGACGCUGUUAAAAGCAUUGCGGGUGAUGACGUCAAAGAAGAGCACUACCAGACUUCCUCAACAUCCCACACCCCUCCAGGAAGUCAUGUUCAUGACAUAUACCUCUCUCAGGAUGACAUUGCAGAUUUGGAGGCAGGAAAGACAGUGGCAGUUUAUACCAGUCUGAACAACGGUCAUCAGCACGUUCUUGAGAUCUAUGCCGACAAGACCUACCACUAUCGUCUUGGUCACUACAGAAUUGCUCUGUGUGAUGGUCAGCGCUCAUGUUGGGACGGCCACACCAAUGUUUUGUAUUAUGUGCAUUAAAUAAUGUUCUAUUUCUAACCUAAUAAAGCAUUAUAUAUAGUC